UUCCCCGUUCAUUCCGCUCCCCAACCAGCCCCACCACAUGUGCUGCUAGUCAACCCAAUCCAUUGGCCGCCGCGCCGCAAGCCACUGCGACUCUGCGCCAGCCGCGCGCUGAACAGACCACCUCGCGCGCUCCCCACCGCCAGCGCACGCACUCUGCCGCCCGCCAAUGCCGACGCCACGCGCCCCCGCCGACGCCCUCCUCCGACUCUUCCUCCUCCCUCUACUCGCCUUCGUCGCCAAUGCGGCGACGACGCCGUCGCAGGCCGACGCGCUGCUCGCGUGGAAGUCCAGCCUGGGCGACCCGGCGGCGCUGUCUACCUGGACGAACGCCACCGUGGUGUGCGCCACCUGGCGCGGGGUGGCCUGCGACGCGUCCGGCCGCGUCGCGUCGCUCCGGCUCCGUGGCCUCGGCCUCACCGGCGGGCUCGGCGCGCUGGACCCGGCCGCAUUCCCGGGCCUGGCAGACCUCGACCUCAACGGUAACAACCUGUUCGGCGCCAUCCCGGCGUCCAUCUCGCGGCUCCGGUCCCUCGCCACGCUCGACCUGGGCAGCAACGGGUUCAACGGCAGCAUCCCGCCGCAGCUCGGGGACCUCUCGGGCCUCAUCGAGCUGCGGCUCUACAAUAACAACCUCGCCGGCGCCAUCCCGCACCAGCUGAGCCGGCUCCCCAGGAUCGUCCACUUCGACCUGGGGUCCAACUACCUGACCAACCCGGACUACGCCAGGUUCUCGCCGAUGCCCACCGUCGCGUUCCUCUCGCUCUAUCUCAACUACCUCAACGGCAGCUUCCCGGAGUUCGUGCUCAGGAGUGGCAACGUCACCUACCUCGACCUGUCGCAGAACGCGAUCUCCGGACCGAUACCGGACACCCUGCCGGAGAAGCUGCCCAACCUGAGGUACCUCAACCUGUCCAUCAACGCGUUCUCCGGCCGGAUCCCGGCGUCCCUCGCGAGGGUGACGAAGCUCCAGGACCUGCGCAUCGGCACCAACAACCUCACCGGCGGCGUCCCGGAGUUCCUCGGGUCCAUGUCUCAGCUCAGAGUUCUUGAGCUUGGCGGCUGCCCACUCGGCGGACCGCUCCCGCCGGUUCUUGGCCGGCUCAGGUUGCUGCAGCGGCUCGACGUAAAGAACGCCAAGCUGGUGUCCACUCUACCGUCGGAGCUCGGCAGCCUUAGCAGCCUCGAUUUCGUGGACCUUUCCGGCAACCAUCUCUCCGGGAGCUUGCCGGCGUCGUUUGCCGGGAUGCGGAGGAUGCGGGAGUUCGGCAUGUCAUCGAACAACCUCACCGGAGAUAUCCCGGGGAGGCUGUUCGCGAGCUGGCCGGAGCUCAUAUCGUUCCAAGUGCAGAUCAACUCGUUUACAGGCAAGAUUCCGCCGGAGCUCGGCAAGGCUACGAAGCUGAAAAUCUUGUACCUCUUCAGCAACAACCUCACCGGCUCCAUCCCGCCGGAGCUCGGCGGGUUGGCGAACCUGCAGGAGCUUGAUUUGUCGGUGAACUCGCUCACCGGACCGAUCCCCAGCUCGUUCGGCAACCUCAAGCAGCUCACUAGGCUGGCGCUCUUCUUCAACAGGCUCACCGGCGCGAUCCCGCCGGAGAUCGGCAACAUGACGGCGUUGCAAACCUUUGACGUCAACACCAACCACUUGGAAGGCGAGCUGCCCGCCACCAUCUCAUCACUGCGGAACCUCCAGUACCUCGCCUUGUUCGACAACAACUUGAGCGGCACCGUCCCGCAAGACCUCGGCGAGGGGCUGGCCUUUGCCGACGUGAGCUUCGCGAACAACAGCUUCUCCGGCGAGCUGCCGCGGAGCCUCUGCGAUGGCUUCGCGCUGCAGAACUUCACGGCGAACCACAACAACUUCAGCGGCAAGCUGCCGCCGUGCCUGAAGAAUUGCACUGAGCUGCACCGGGUGCGGCUGGAGUGGAACCACUUCACCGGCGACAUCUCGGAGGCGUUCGGGGCCCACCCCAGCUUGUACUACCUGGACCUCUCCUGGAACAAGCUGACCGGCCGGCUGUCGGAUGAUUGGGGGCAAUGCACCAAGAUCACGCGCCUGCACAUGGACGGCAACCGCAUAUCGGGCGGCAUUCCGGUGGCGUUCGGGAGUAUGACAAACUUGCAGGACCUCAGCUUGGCUGAGAACAACUUGACAGGAGUUAUCCCGCCUGAGCUGGGUGAUCUCAGCAUCUUGUUCAACCUCAAUCUGAGCCAUAACUCCUUUUCGGGGCCAAUUCCGGUAAAUUUGGGCAACAAUUCCAACCUGCAGAAAGUUGAUUUGUCGGGGAACAUGCUUACCGGGACAAUACCAGUGAGCAUUGGCACACUUGGUUCACUAACCUUUCUUGAUUUGAGCAAGAACAAGUUGUCGGGGCAGAUACCAAGUGAACUCGGUAACCUGAUUCAGCUGCAGAUCCUGCUUGAUCUGAGCAGCAACUCACUAUCUGGUGCUAUCCCCUCAAAUCUGGUGAAGCUGAUGAAUCUGGAAAAACUGAAUUUGUCACGCAAUGAGCUCAGCGGUUCAAUCCCAGCAGGUUUCUCCCGCAUGUCGAGCCUGGAGACGGUUGAUUUCUCUUACAAUCAGCUCACCGGUGAGAUACCGUUAGGCAAUGCUUUCCAGAACACUUCAGCUGAGGCUUACAUCGGGAACCUGGGGCUGUGUGGUAAUGUGCAAGGCAUACCGCCUUGCGACGGCCGUGCCUCUUCAGGGCAUCACAAGAGAACCGUCAUUGAAAUAGUUUUCUCAGUAAUUGGAGCAGUGUUGCUUGCAGCCAUUGUUGCUUGCCUCAUCCUAGCAUGCAGAAGGAGACCCAGAGAGCAGAAAGUGCUGGAGGCUAACACAAAUGAUCCUUACGAGUCUAUGAUCUGGGAAAAGGAGGGCAAGUUCACGUUCCUUGACAUCGUGAACGCCACGGACAGCUUCAAUGAAUCCUUCUGCAUUGGGAAAGGCGGGUUCGGGAGCGUGUACAAGGCCGAGCUCCCCAGUGGACAGGUCGUGGCUGUGAAGCGCUUCCAUGCUGCUGAGACAGGAGACAUAUCGGAAGCGAGCAAGAAGAGCUUCGAGAACGAGAUCAAGGCACUGACAGAGGUCCGCCACCGGAACAUCGUCAAGCUCCAUGGCUUCUGCACGAGUGGAGACUACAUGUACCUGGUGUAUGAGUACUUGGAGAGGGGCAGCUUGGGGAAGACGUUGUACGGCGAGGAAGGCAAGAAGAAGCUGGACUGGGGCAUGAGGGUCAAGGUGGUCCAAGGGGUAGCCCAUGCCCUGGCAUACCUUCACCAUGACUGCAACCCAGCCAUUGUUCACCGCGACAUCACCGUGAACAACAUCCUGCUUGGGGCGGAAGUCGAGCCGCGGUUGUCUGAUUUUGGCACGGCGAAGCUGCUCGGCUCUGCUUCCACAAACUGGACUUCUGUAGCAGGAUCAUAUGGCUACAUGGCUCCAGAGUUGGCAUACACAAUGAGGGUCACGGAGAAAUGCGAUGUCUACAGCUUUGGAGUUGUUGCUCUGGAGGUGAUGAUGGGGAAGCAUCCUGGUGACCUCUUAACCUCCCUGCCGGCUAUCUCCUCUUCAAAAGAAGAUGAUCUGUUACUCAAGGACAUACUAGACCAGCGAUUGGAUCCUCCAACGGGUGAUCUUGCAGAAGAAGUUGUGUUCGUCGUGAGAAUUGCGCUUGCUUGCACCCGUGCAAAUCCUGAGUCGCGGCCAUCCAUGCGAUCAGUGGCUCAAGAGAUCUCAGCGCAUACUCAGGCAUACCUUUCUGAAUCAUUCCGACUAAUCACAGUGAGCAAGCUAACAGACUACCAGAAGUGAUGUUUGCCUGUACAAUGGUGUGAAGCUCAACAAGUGAAAUUAGUAGUUUCCAAUUUUGUACAAUGCAGUUUGAGAGGAAUAAUUUUCUCUCAGUUUUCAUGCCAAAGACAAAAAUUAGAAAAGCAUGUUGGUAUAGCUGGUUGGUAGACAAUGAACUGUUCUGAAGAUGGUCAGAAAUCUGUCUGUAAUCAAACUUAGCCCUUCUUAAUUCAUUGUACUGUUGGUCUUGUUCCCCCCCCCCCCCCCACCCCCCUGAAGGGCUAAACAUGUAACUAUAAGAUAGAUAGAUAGUAGAAAAACAACAAAUUGUAAGAGAAGUGUCCUUAAGCCACUUCUUUCUUUUUUCUUUCUCUAGAUUGGAUGAGAAGAGUUUUCUCUGAAUGUAAAACGGAUAUAUCUGUGUCCCUACUUGAAUAA